UUCCCUUGUAAUGGAUCUAAACAUCUGGACCCUGUCUGCAGGAACAGAAGACAUGUUGUUUUGAAAGCUCAGACGACCAAAGCAAAUGCGCACACUGUAUGUUCGUCGCACAAGGGCUUCGUGACGUCAUCUCCCGCGUGUGUACUUCAAGUUACACCUUCUGUUCUCAGUCUUCGGGCAGCUUGAUCUCUUGAUUGAAGAAGACAUCCUAUCGUCUGUUUGAAGAGUCUUUCGUGUGAUUAAAGCCUUCUAGACUGCUUCUUUUCCGUCUCUAGCUCUCAGGACCAGGUUCCGUUUCAUAUAAUCUCCCAAAGUUGAUACCACCCUACCUACCUUUCUCAUCACCAACAAACUAUCUUCACCAUCACCACCAUGUCAACCAACCCAAGCAACAUCAGCCAGCCCGGCGGCGCCGAGGGACAAGAUCCCUCAGACUACAAGCCCCAGCUUGACGAGAUUGCCGAGCAGAAGAGGAAAGGCCCCGAGGAGCAACAGCAACCCCAACAAAGCGGAGGAAGCGGGAUCGUCGACAAGAUAUCGGAAUACGUCCCAGCAUCACUUGGCGAAAAGAUUGGACUAGGAAAGAAGAAGCAGCAGCCAGAACAAGAGGUACCUGAGGAGAAGCCAAAGGAAGACCUCAGCGCUGUACCACCGCACCGUCCUCAUCACGAUGAACAGAUUCAGGAGUUCAUUAGGGAUCAGCAUCGGAGCAAGGAGAUUUUGGGGGAUGAUGAGGAUACAAAGGGGAUUUGAGGUGUUGUAGGUUUAGGGGCGGUACUUAGCAAGUGGGAUGCGGUUCAAAAGCUGUCGAGUUUUAUAAGUUCGAUAAAUGACUGUCACAUGUUUAAUCUAUAACCGCUCUUCAACUAUAAUCACCAUGGCAUCCUCUAUCUUGACAAGAGAUAAC